CACCGUGCAGUUCCCCCGCCGUCCUGCAGAUGCCGCUGUGCGGCGCCUCCUCGGCCUUCUCUCCUCAGGCCGCUCUGUGUUCCCGGCAAACUCGGUGGCGGAGGUGAAAGGUGGGGAAGAUGGCGGCCGCCUUUAUGGAGGAAGAGGUGGACAACGAUGACUACUAUUCGUUGUUAAACGUCAGGAGAGAGGCUACUCAGGAGGAAUUGAAGGCAUCGUACCGCAGACUGUGCAUGCUGUACCACCCUGACAAGCACAGGGACCCUGAACUGAAAAAGCAAGCAGAGCAACUCUUCAACCUUGUCCACCAGGCCUAUGAAGUGCUUAGCGAUCCACAGUCAAGAGCCAUCUAUGACGUCUAUGGAAAGAAAGGACUGGAGAUGGAAGGAUGGGAGGUGGUGGAGAGGAAACGAACCGCAGCGGAGAUAAGAGAGGAGUUUGAAAGGUUACAAAGGGAAAGGGAAGAGAGGCGACUUCAGCAGCGGACCAACCCCAAGGGAACAAUAAGUGUCGGCAUUGACGCUACAGAGCUGUUCGAUCGCUACGAUGAAGAAUUCGAGGACUUACCAGGAAGCAGCUUUCCCCAUAUUGAAAUAAACCGUAUGCACAUCUCUCAGUCUAUUGAGGCUCCCCUCACAGCGACAGACACUGCCAUCCUUUCCGGGAGCCUCUCCACGCAAAACGGCAACGGCGGCGGAUCAAUAAACUUCGCUCUGAGACGAGUGACCUCGGCCAAGGGAUGGGGAGAGUUGGAAUUUGGAGCUGGAGACCUUCAGGGACCUCUCUUUGGAUUAAAGUUUUUUCGGAAUCUAACUCCAAAAUGUUUCUUCACUACAAACUGUGUAUUGCAGUUCUCCUCACGGGGGAUCAGGCCCGGCCUCACGACAAUGCUGGCACGGCAUCUAGACAAAAACACAAUGGGAUACGUGCAGUGGCGGUGUGGUAUCCAGUCUGCUAUGAACACUAGUAUUGUGCGGGACACAAAGACCAGUCAUUUCACAAUGGCCUUUCAGCUUGGAAUCCCGCACUCCUUUGUAAUGGUCAGCUACCAGCACAAAUUUCAAGAUGAAGAGCAGACACGAGUCAAAGGAUCCAUAAAGGCUGGGUUUUUCGGGACCUUGGUUGAGUAUGGAGCAGAGAGGAAAAUUUCCAGACACAGCGUGUUAGGAGCUACUGUCAGUAUUGGUGUGCCACAAGGGGUGUCUCUAAAGGUCAAGUUGAAUAGAGCCAGUCAGACAUAUUUCUUCCCUAUCCACCUGACGGAUCAGCUCCUUCCCAGCGCCGUGUUUUAUGCUACCAUAGGGCCCCUCGUUAUCUUUGUGGCCAUGCACCGGCUUAUUAUCAAGCCGUACCUCAAGGCACAGAAGGAGAAGGAGCUGGAGAAGCAUCGGGAAAGCUCUGCGUCAGAUAUAUUACAGAAGAAGCAAGAGGCAGAGGCGGCCGUGUGUUUAAUGCAAGAAUCUGUGCGGAGGAUAAUUGAGGCUGAAGAGUCCCGAAUGGGACUGAUCAUAUUAAACGCCUGGUACGGUAAAUUUGUUACGGAUAAUAGCAGGAGGAAGGAGAAAGUGAAGGUGAUCGAUGUGACUGUCCCCUUGCAAUGUUUGGUGAAAGACUCCAAGUUAAUCCUCACAGAAGCUUCAAAGGCUGGACUGCCCGGUUUCUAUGACCCAUGUGUUGGGGAAGAUAAAAGCUUGAAGAUCCUCUACCAGUUCAGAGGAGUGCUCCAUCAAGUCAUGUCCGCAGACAAUGAGGCACUAAGGAUACCAAAGCAAUCUCACAAGAUCGAGUUGGAUGGCUAGCCAUUUCCAGAAACAUAUAAGAGACAUGGGGCUCAAAACUGUGCCAGGCCGGAAACGUUCCCAGGAUUCUUUUCACCGGAGUCCGAAUGUUC